GAAGAAGAAUUAAUUAAAACCCUAAAAGAAGGAAAACCCAACACAGAAACAACAAGAAAUUUGAGUCCACUGAACUCAACUCAACUCAACUCAACUCGACGGAAAACUCCGUCGAUCGGAAUUAGUCGUCGGAAUCAUGGAAACACAAUCAGACGAAAAUAUUAACAGCAUUAAAGAUAUAAGACAACAACUUGAAGCUCGAAUUGAAUCUCAACACAAAUCUCACAUUGACAUGCUUUCUUCUGUUCAAUCCAUUUUUCCCAAUCUCGUUUCUUCUCUUGAUCUUUCUCUCAAAGUUCUUUCUUCUUUCAACCACCGUCCUUUUUCUCCUACACCCCCUCUCCCUCCUCCUCCACCUCUCCCUAAUUUCAAAUCAUCUCAACAACAAUUACCUCCUACACCCCCUUCUUCUUCUAAUAAUAAUAAUACUAAUUCUCAAAACCCUAACCCUAAUUCCUCUCUUGUUACUACAAAUCCACAAUCAGAGAAAGUUAUUAGUCCCUUAUCCAUUGUUCGAUCAAUGGUUGCUGUUUGUCUUCUUGGUCGAGUUCCAUUUUCUCCGAUUGAUUCUUCCACUGUUUUGAGGAAAUUGGAAAAUGAUCAAACUGUUACGCAACAAGAUAAAGCUGCACUUCAAGAACUCGGUGGUGAUUCAGGAGCUGCGAUACUUGCUGUUGAAAUAGCUUUGAGAUCAAUGGCGGAUGAUAAUGGUGCUGUUGAAUUGGAGGAGUUUGUUGUCAGUGGAAAAUCAAGAAUUAUGGUUCUGAAUAUUGAUAGAAUACGUCUUCUUAAAGAAUUGCCUGAAACUGCACAACAAAAACAAGAACUUGAAUCGGGUUUCGGAGACGGAAACUCAAAUCAAAAUCAGCAACAAAUUGGUAUUGGUAGUAAUGCAAAUGUGAAUGGCGCUAUGACUGCCAUGGGAAGGCCAGUUUUGAGGCCAAUGUCUGAUAUGUGGAUGCCACAUGGAGAUCCACAUAUGUCGGGGUUACAACCAAUGUUUUCGGGUGGAGGAAGAGGAGCACCAAGAUUAACGGGAAUGUUGGCAACGCAUAGAGGUAUAGGUAUUCCGUCGAUGCAUCGGCUUCCAAUGGGGCAAAAUGCAUCGGGGAGUAGUAGUGUUAAUGUAAUGCAACAGAAACCAAAAACAUUAGAAGAGGAUAUGAAGGAUCUUGUGGCUUUAUUGAAUAAGAAAUCAUUUAGGGAGAUGCAAAAAUCUAAAACUGGUGAGGAGCUUUUGGAUUUAAUUCAUCGACCAACUGCGAGGGAAACUGCUGUGGCUGCUAAGUUCAAAACUAAAGGGGGUUCUCAGGUGAGGCAAUACUGUGACUUACUGACAAAAGAAGAUUGUCGACGCCAAUCAGGUUCCUUUGUAGCAUGUGAUAAGGUUCAUUUUAGACGAAUCAUUGCUCUUCAUACUGACAUCAAUUUGGGAGACUGCUCUUUUCUUGAUACUUGCAGACACAUGAAGACAUGCAAGUACGUUCACUAUGAAUAUGACCCUACACCUGACGUGCCUCCUACAAUGAUGGGUGCUCCUCCUCCAAAACUACUAAAGCCUCAGCGUGCAGAAUAUUGUUCUGAAGUGGAACUUGGGGAACCACAAUGGAUCAACUGUGAUAUACGUAACUUUAGAAUGGACAUAUUAGGUAAGUUUGGUGUAAUAAUGGCUGAUCCACCAUGGGACAUUCACAUGGAGCUGCCUUAUGGAACAAUGGCUGAUGAUGAAAUGCGCACUCUUAAUGUCCCUGCUCUGCAAACUGAUGGACUUAUUUUUCUAUGGGUCACGGGACGUGCGAUGGAACUUGGACGUGAAUGCUUAGAACUUUGGGGAUAUAAACGUGUCGAGGAGAUCAUUUGGGUGAAAACAAAUCAACUUCAGCGAAUAAUUAGAACUGGACGUACCGGCCAUUGGCUCAAUCACAGCAAGGAACAUUGUCUUGUUGGAAUUAAGGGUAAUCCUGAAGUAAACAGGAACAUUGAUACCGAUGUGAUUGUUGCUGAAGUCCGAGAAACAAGCCGCAAGCCAGAUGAGAUGUAUCCUUUGUUGGAGAGGAUAAGUCCAAGAACAAGAAAGCUGGAGUUGUUUGCUCGCAUGCAUAAUACUCACGCAGGGUGGAUGUCUCUUGGAAAUCAAUUGAGUGGUGUAAGGUUAGUUGAUGAAGGGCUACGAGCAAGGUUUAAAGCAGCUUAUCCAGAUGUCGAGGUGCAGCCAGCAUCACCUCCCAGAGCUUCUGCUAUGGAGGUAGACUCUAGUGUUACUGCUCAAACAAGGAGUCCAUUUUCCGGUGCAGAAUCAAAGGCCUCUGCUGAGCCUGCAGCAGCUCCAGCAACUGCCUAUGCUUCAGAGGAGAAGCCAAUGGCAGUUGAUGUGGACACUAACUAAGUUUCCACAGAUUCAAUCUUAUGAUUUUGGUAGAGGAAAUUUCUUUAUAAAUCUUAUAGGAAAAAGAUAGUAUUUUGACCUUUGUACUGUUUGUAGUUCGUGCUCUUUCUCACUUUUCUUUUCUUUUUAUGGAAAGAUUAGUUUUGUGAGGAUGCUAAUGAAAAAACGAUAUUAUGUCAAGAUGCUAAUGUAAAUUUAAUUUUGUUGUACUUAGUUCUGAGGGGUUUAUGUAAAAGUGGUAUUCAAAUUGUACUUGAUAGCUAUAUAUUUUUAAUGUUUAGCAUGGUUACUAGUAUCGCAUGUAGCAAUGAAACAAAACUUCUGUGAGUA